AUGGCAUAUCCUUUCUCAGAUUUCAAGUACUCUGAUGGCCUCACUGUAGUGGGUAUCUCCUUCUGCACAGCUAUUGUUUGUGAGGCUAUCUCAUGGGUUCUUAUCUAUCGGACCAAUUCUUACAAAAACCUUCGGUCCUCUAUUGACAAAGCCUCCAAGAAACUUGAGACUAUGAAAACAGACAGCAAUAAAAUCAACAUCAAGAAGUCCAAGACCAAAAAGAUCGAUCGUGUUGAGACAAGCCUCAAAGAAUCGAGUCGUGAUCUGUCUCUCUUCAAGUUCAAGUCUGGGGGUGUGGUGGCUCUGGUUCUCUUUGUAGUCUUUGGGUUGCUGAAUUCACUCUUCGAAGGCAAGAUAGUUGCCAAAUUGCCCUUCAAACCUUUUGGGCUUAUUAUGAAGAUGAGCCAUCGCGGUUUGCAGGGUAAUGAUCCCACUGAUUGUUCCAUGGCAUUUCUAUACUUCUUGUGCUCCAUUAGCAUCAGAACAAAUUUGCAGAAGUUCUUGGGUUUUGCACCGCCCAGAGGUGCUAGUGCUGGCCUCUUUCCCAUGCCUGAUCCAAAGACCAGUUGA